AUGGAUUCUACUAAUUAUAAUAAUAAUAAUUCCAACAUCAAUUGCCAACCCAGUAAGAAAAGACCGCCUACAAACAUGAAUUCAUUAGCCGCUACAACCCUAGAUCAACAAAGACAACCAUUAAAAGAAACAAGCGGCAAUAUUCCAUCGCCGGUGCUCAAAAAGGCUAAGCUUAACAAAGGUCUUAGUGUUUCUGGGAAUAGCAUACUUCAAAAUAAACCAAAUUUAUCCCGACCCUUAAACACACAUCUCGCCCAUUCAAACACGCAUAACCAAGCGCAAAGUGCUGAAUCUCAAAGUCAAAGCAAGGCAAAUAGAUUAGAGGGAGAAGCAUUUCAACAAUGGCAGAGAUCGUGGAGGAAAAUCAUGAAGGAGAGUGUUGUUUACUUCGACACCCAAGGAUAUGAUACAAACAAUACCAGUCAUCAAAACGAGUUGAAAAAAGCACAGAGAGCAUUGAAACACGUAGGUUGUACACUAGUACCCUUUUAUGAUAGAGAAGUGACCAUUAUUGUUAGCAGGAGACCAUUUGAUGCUAACAAGGAGUACUCAACGAGUGACAUAUUUCACGAUGCAUGUAGUCUCAAGAUCAAAGUUUGGGAUUAUGAGAAAGUUUUCCGCUUCUUAAAGAAUUUAGGAGUUAACGAGUCGAGCUAUAAAUAUGAUGAUAGCUCAAAAUUUAAUAAAAAUGGUGACUUAUAUAACUUGUUAAAAGAAGAAAAAAUAUUUGGUGCCAAUGACCGGGACCCAAAUGCUAGAAGAGAUGACUUGCAUUACUUAGAAAAGAACUAUUUGUAUGCUUACGAUUUGGCGCAGAAUUUUAGACCAAUAGCUGUGAGGGAAUGGCACGAUUCACCAUAUCCAAAGAUGUCAAAUACGCUCGAUGGUAAAUGUCCAUUUAUACCUGACUCAUCUGAAAACCUGGAAAGAAGACAGCUUCGUAGAUUACAAAAGCUUGAGGCUUCGAAAAAUUAUAGAGAAUUACUUAAGAAGGCAACUGUUGAAAUUAUAAAUAACGUGAAAGAUGGCAUACACUAUGAUUCAUCUGAAUGCAGUGGUGAAGACCUAGCAACAGAUUGUGACAACAAUGAAGUAUGUAAUGAAAAUGAGCGGGAGGAUGAAUCAACGAUAAUUCAAUCUUCAACUAGUUCAUCCAAGCGAGCAUCAUCCGAAGAAGAAUUGAGAAAACCUUCGAAAGCAACUAAACUUGAUUUUAAGGCUCCUCCUGCCCGUCUUGCAAGGGAAUCGUCAUGUGUCCAACCAUUGAAUAAUUCGAAUUCAAAGUUCUUUGAAGUUGCGGCAUCCGGGUACAAUGGGGCGUCGAAUUCUGCUCAAAUGUCUAUGGACUCAGCUUUGAAUAGUGCUGCUGUUCAAGGUAAUGGAUUAGGUCCUACUGUCUCUCAAGUUCCUUCGAGAAAUAUUAAUAAUCUAAAGAGACGUAUUUUCAUGAAAAAGCAAAGGCAGCAUAGCAUACCAGAAGAUAAGGAAAAAGACUUAAAACCUGGUUACUGUGAAAAUUGUCGUGUCAAGUAUAACUAUUUUGAAGACCAUAUUAAUUCAAAUAGACAUCGUAAUUUUGCUUGCGAUGAUCGUCAUUUCAAAGAUAUUGAUAAAUUAAUUGCAACUUUAAUUGAAAGCAAAUCAUUUGGUUAUGUUACUUCUAACGGUGAUUAUAAAUAUGCCAAUUAG